GAUAGUACUGUUCAACAGAUGUUCCUUAUAAUUCCAAAUUCGUUAGAAGUCACCCAAUAAUGUUCUUUCACUGUUGGCGUCAGUGAAAGCGAAGACAAACAACCGAACAAAAGAACAAAUAAACAAAGACAGUGUAUUUGCAGCCUUGCCUUCAGAUUGCUGUCGCGAGAUCGCUCCCUAAAACUCGUAUAAUACAGGACAGACAUUUCGAAUCCUGGAAACCGCAGCUGAGUGCGGAGUCUCAUUUCCGCGUCUGCCGGAACGAAGCUGAGUUCGUAGAGAAGUGGACCACGUGCAAGCUUUAUUUGGUUCUUACGUCCCUUUCAAAGACCCUCUCGUGUUUUCAUAGCCGAAGAAGAUAUGUCAAGUUCAUCGAAUGCGACAUAUUCCUCCAGCGGUCCCCAUGAGGACUUCGACAUUUACUACGAGAUAGACGUAGCCUCCAUCGUUGUCAUGCUGUUCUUAGCUGUUGUAACGGUUAUCAGUAAUGGGGCUUUUUUAUGGACUUUCUACAAAGAUCCACUAAAAUGUCUCCGAAAGCCGUCUGCAAUUUUCAUCUCCGGUUUGACGAGCGCUAACUUUGUGAGCGGCCUGAUUGUGGAGCCAUCUUUUGUGGCGUUCUAUUUCCGACAUUUCCUCUCGCACUCGGCGGAAUUUCUUCAGUACUUCAGUGUUGCGCAGUUGUUUGCUUUUAUGACCACAACUACCUCAUUCCUCGUUACUUUGGCACUGGCAAUAGUUCAAUACUUACUUAUCAAGUUUCCCAGCAGUUAUCGGAAAAUCGUGAGCCCUGUAUCAGCAUUUGUCGGCGUACUUUCCAUUUGGAUUUAUUCGUUAAUUUUUGGCUUGAUUCCAUUGAUGUCUACCGUCAACAGAUUUGCAUAUGUGUUGACGAACCUUGUACUUCACAUAAUGAUACCGACUGUUUUACUUGUAAUCUUGUACAUAGCUAUUUAUUUGGAGUUUCGGAGUCGUUUUCAAGUUAACUCUGACAGAAGAAUGGAAGUACAACAAGCCUCAUUUCAACUCACAGAAUCCGAGGAACAGCGACGAAAAGCAGAAAAGGAUUUUGCCGUCGGAACGUUCAUUUUGACCUUUGUACUAAUAAUUCUUGUUUGGCCAUUUUGUGUGUCUCUGUACAUGGUGAACUGUUGUUUCACAGUGAGAACAGCUUUAGCAGUGAGAAUCGCUCAACUUUUCUUACUGUGCAAGUUUGCCGUGGAUCCGUUCCUGUUUGCUUGGCGUUUUCAAAAGUAUAGGAAGUCGUUGUUUCUAGCAAUGCAAAGUAUCUGUUUUUGUUUCAAGCCGACGUUACCGCGCGCCAUAAUUGUCAGAAAAAAUGAAAAAACCAGUCCUAAAACUGAUGAGGAUGAUGAUGAUGAAGAGGGACUCGAAGUAACUGUCGUGAGGGACUGAUUAAGAUUAACACUUUUAAAAGAUUGAUAUAAGAUAAGGCUAAUCUGUGACUAAUCUUCUCAGGCGUUCUAUGGGAUGUCACGCAACAUUCCUCACAAAAGGGGCUUUAUUCGAGGCAGAGUUAUGUGACAUCUUUAACGGCUUUAGAAGAGUAUAAUGUUUGGCAAACGCCACAUAUAUAAUUCAGGAAUAUUAGUAGAUCUCUUGCAUGAAUAACGUAGACGGCAAAUUCUAAUAAAUAGUGGAAUAUCUUAGAAUGGUUUUAGAAUGUCUAGGGAUGUCAAUUCUUGCUUUCACGCAUUCAAAGCCAUGUUUGUGAUUAGUAACCCUAUUACUUUCAAGUUGAUCAAUGUUGGUAUGUCCUGCAUUUAUUUGACGAGUAGAAUCAUUAACAUCAUUCUCUUCAAUUGUUUUGUAGAGGAACUCUAACGCUCGGCGGAAAGAGUAAUAUUCCUGUUAAAAUGAUUUUCAUUUUAUUUAUCUAUUCCUGACAAAAUUACUGUACAAGACUUUACACAGUCUAGCGAUACAUCAUUUUACGCUAGAAUGGUACAAUACACAAAAAAACUGCC